AAUCUGCUUACACGUGGCGAUGAACUGUUCGUGGGUUUGAUUCGGUUGGGUAUAUUCCAUAGAAUAGAAGCUCAUCUUUAUAUAUCUGAGUUGCUUUGAGUUGUAGUUUUUGUCUUCUAAUUUUCGUCCUAUCCAAAAUCCUUCCUAUAGCCAUGUCUGCCUUUGUUGGCAAAUAUGCAGAGGAGCUGAUCAAGACUGCCAAGUACAUCGCCACUCCAGGGAAGGGUAUCUUAGCAGCAGACGAGAGCACCGGCACCAUCGGCAAGCGUCUCUCCAGCAUCAAUGUCGAGAACAUCGAAUCAAACCGCCAAGCUCUCCGCGAGCUUCUGUUCACCUCUCCCAACGCCCUAACCUACAUUUCCGGCGUCAUCCUCUUCGAAGAAACUCUCUACCAGAACACCUCCGACGGCAAACCAUUCGUCGAACUCCUCCAAGAAAAUGGCGUCGUUCCCGGCAUCAAAGUUGACAAAGGAACAGUCGAACUAGCCGGCACUGAUGGAGAAACAACAACUCAAGGCUUCGACUCGCUCGCCACUCGUUGCCAGCAGUACUACAAGGCUGGCGCUCGAUUCGCGAAGUGGCGUGCAGUUCUGAAGAUCGGUCCUACCGAGCCGUCAGAAUUGGCGAUUCAGCAGAAUGCUCAGGGAUUGGCUCGUUAUGCUAUUAUUUGUCAGGAAAAUGGAUUGGUGCCCAUUGUGGAGCCGGAGGUGUUGACUGAUGGGACUCAUGAUGUGAAGAAAUGUGCUGCUGUGACUGAAACUGUUCUUGCUGCUGUUUAUAAGGCUUUGAAUGAUCAGCAUGUACUUCUUGAAGGCACUCUUCUUAAGCCUAACAUGGUUACUCCUGGUUCAAGUGGCCCCAAGGUAUCACCAGAGGUGAUCGCGGAGCAUACAGUCACCGCAUUACGCCGGACAGUUCCACCAGCAGUUCCAGGCAUAGUAUUUCUCUCCGGCGGACAAAGCGAACAAGAGGCGACUCUGAACCUCAAUGCAAUGAACAAGCUUUCAGUAUUGAAGCCAUGGACACUAACCUUCUCCUUCGGACGAGCUCUGCAACAAAGCACACUCAAAACAUGGGCCGGGAAGAAAGAAAAUGUUGAGAAAGCUCAGCAGACAUUUCUGCUUCGGUGCAAAAGUAAUUCCGACGCGACGCUCGGAAAGUACGAAGGAGAAGCUGCCGGUGGUUUGGCUUCUGAGAGCUUGUUUGUUGAGGGAUACAAGUACUAGAGGAUGAUGAAAAUGAUUAAUACUAUAGUAUAAUUUUUAUGCAUGUUUAUAUGUAUUAAAUGUUAAUCUUCUCUUCUCACCAUGCUAAUUGCUUUUGAUUACAACUAUGUAUAAUUUCAAUAUAGAUUGGUUCAUUUCCAAA